AUGUUCUCAGUUGGUCCUCAGAAAUAUCGUAUGCUGGUUGUUCUCAAUGCAGUGAUGUUCAGCUUUCAACAAAACACGGCUGAGGCAUGUACUGGCUCUGUAAUCACAUUUUGUAAUGACACCACUUCCUGCAUUCAGACACAUGAGGAAGUCUACAAGUUGUUGGGAUCUAAUAUGAAUUACUUUAAAAUUGCCAAAGCUUUAUAUCCUGCAAAGAAAAUGUCAUCUCUUCUUAUACAUGUGACAUUGAAUGGAGCCAAUGGAACAGAGAAAUGCAGACCAGCCCAUUACACGUGGAGUAUGUCAUGCUUGUUUGCUGCCUUCCCUGAAUAUGUCCUAGAAGUUUUAUCUCUCGGUUCAAUUCUUGUGAGGUCUAGGACACAAAAAUUAGACAUCACAAUAGCACCAUUUUGCUGUAAUGUAUCAGUGGAGAACCGUGUGACAAUUAUUGAAGAUGUAUUGUCAUCGGUAAGUGACAUGUUUUGUCUUCAAUAUAUUGCAGGGUGAUUCAAAGCUGCCAUUUUAGAUUGCGAGCAGUCUCUUAUAUUUUUCUUUGAGUCACAGUAGAUGGAAAAUACUUCUCACGGGCUCUGCAGAAAGAAGGAUGACCGCCCACAAUCUACUGAUAUUUGUACCACGAUAUUAUUUUACUGUAACUACCGAAAUCGUAAUUCAGUUUGUCAUCUUGGGCAAAUUAUGAGGCCCUGCCAAGGGGGGUCCCAUUGUCACUCAUCUGAAUUUCAAAAUGUUUCAUGUCAGCAUUUCUCAAUGCUUCACUUAAGUGAAAUGCUGUCUGAAAUUCGUUUUGAUUUGUUUCACAAUGUAAUACUCUUAUGAACAAUAAUUGUAAUAUUUUUUUAAGUAGUUAUUGUGAAGCCCUAUUGGACAUCACUGGAAAUGAUGCAAUUUAAAAAAAUACGAUAAUUAUUAUUAAUGUUAUGAUUAUGAUUAUGAUUAUUAUUAUUUCCUGUUUUUGUUGGCUUUAGUUUUGACCUUGUUCUUUAAUCUUCCCUACAAUCAAACCCCAUCAAUACGGACACUGAGGGGGCCAUAGAAAGUGUCCAUAUCAACGGGUUGAAUUUAGAGAAAAUGACAGGGCUUUCUUUCACAAGGGACAAAGCAAACUGUCCAUAAUAAUGAGGUGUCCGUAUAAAUAAGCAGGUGUCCGCAAAGCGGGGUUUGAUUGUAAUUCUCUCAAUCCACAGCGGUAUAUUAAAAGGUUACAUUCCUUUUAGACAAACUUUUUUCGGAUUUGGGCAAUCCAGAUUGUUUGGAUUUUCAUGCUAUGCUAGCCGGAACAAAAAUCUGAAAUAAGAUUGAUCCAUACAGCAGCAGCUUGCCGCUCCGAUCUUCUUCUCAAUUUCAACGCAUCGUUUUUUACUUCUUUCUGCUAAAAGCAUCUUCUCGUGGAGAAACGGAAAGAAAACUAGCUCUUUAACUAGUGUUGGUUCAUAUACUGGAACUCAUCAACUUAAAAUUAUCUGGAAUUUGAUUCAAGAAAAUUCAGAAGACAAUUAGGAAUUCUCAAGGGCUGAGAAGCGCGUUCGAAACACAAACAGACAUUGGACAGUAUAGUUUUACAGUGAGAAAAUCUAAGCAUUUUCACUUCCUAACGGAUUUAGAGUGACAGUGGAACUUGAGUUAAAUAUACUACAAUCCUACAGAGUCGUUUAUUUGCGAAUUUUUGUUUGUGUCUGUAGAGAUACUUAAAUGCAAAAUUUGCAUUUAUCAAAUCACCGCUUUAGCGGCAUAGAACAACGGGGGAAUAUAAAUAACUUUUGCCUGAACUAACCUUGACCCGCCGUUUUUACUGAUGAACGAGCACCUUCUUGCAUCGAAAAGCAGUUUCAAUAAAUGGAACAAAGAUCUGAAACCAGAUUGAGAUACCAAUCUGAACGAUCCACGUUCAGAGGUAGAUCGUUCGGAUUGCAAUCACUGAAUCUUAGGUUGGUUUAGUCCUUAAUGGAACAAAAAAUCGAAGUUUCGAUCGAAAAAUCCGGAUUUGUAUUGGCUAAAAGGAAUACAACCAAAUCCAUCACAGGAAUACAUCAUUUUCUUAUUACAGGGUUAAUCCAAGGUGAGGGUUUGUGGCGCACUUUUUCCCUUUUUCAGGCUCUAAGAGUGCGUGGUUAUUGGUGAUAUUAAGAACGAUUUUUUGUUUCAAUGUACUCCUCUCCGACCAAUAACCAUGAAAUAUUGUUUGUUGAUCCAGUGGAUGGUCGAUUGGCUUUACAAAAAUCCAGUUUUAAAAUGGCUUCAAGAAGAUUUUUGAAAAGUUUGCCCAUAGUCUUUGAAGGGUUAAUUAAUUGAUGUUGUAUUUGAAAAUUAAAUCCUUACUUUUUAUUCUUUCAGCUUCAGGAUCUCGCUGUCAGUCCAGGAAUACAGGAUCCAAGCUUGAACACAGCGGAGUGUGUCACUGAGGGGCAUGAACCAAACCUGACGGAUACAGAACGUAAAUCAUAUAUAAUAGCAGCAAUGUUUCUCUCUUUUGGUUUUGCUAUCUUUCUUGGCCCAUGGUUGGCCAUUUAUACUCUCAUAUAUUUAGACAAACUUUCAAACGGUGAGGAUCCAGAGAUGUAUUGUGCUCUUAAAUGGGUUUUAUCUUCCAUGUUAACAGUAGAGUUUGGAUUAAUUUUUACAUCCGCUGUGUUUUUAGGCAAAAGUGAUGCACCUCUAGUUCUUAAACGUAUCAUGUUACCAAUUCUGACAGUAAUAUUUCUUAAAGGACUGAUUGUGGGAUGUAUUUGUUUCAAGAAAAAAACACCAAAGCUGGAUAAAUGCAAGUCACGUACACUGCACAUUGUUAUCUUUACGUUGGCUUACCUAACCUCAUAUCAUUUUUGCUGGAUAGUAAUUGGAAUUAUGGUGAAUGCAUUGUGGAGUGUCACUGUUCUUCUUUCUGUUGGUGUUAUCACUACUGCUCUAUUCUUUACAUUGUACAGUUUCUUUAAAUUUGGUAACGUUCCCGUUAAUCGAACCAGAAAUUUCUUUAUAUAUUUAACUUUAUUUAUCCCUGUUGUGUGCCUUGUUUGUCUUGUGAUUGUAGCUGGGCAAACAGUUUUUGGUAGAAACACUGUCGAUGAGGUAGUAAAAAUGGUGAUUUUAACAGUUAGUAUUGCGUUUAUGAAAUGGACACUUCCUGCAACCAAGGAUACGUCUAAGAAAUCUGAUGAAGAAGAACAGAAAGAUGAAAAGGGGGGAAAUAAAGGAGACAUGCCUGAGAAAACCAACGAAAAAGAAGAGAAAGAUGAAAAGGGGAAAAAUAAAGUA